AUGCAUAAGAACCAGAGAGUCAUCGGAGGAAGUGCGGUUUUCUACAAACCGGUUGGAGGUACGACAGAAAUAAGAUCUGGAUAUCUCUACAAGUCGCCUCCCCAAAAACGUUUGAAGACAGAGUCCUGGAAGAGGCGGUAUUUUAUUCUGUUCAAAAUCAGUGAACAGGAACACCAACUGAAGUACUUCAGGAGUCCACAGGAUAAAGACAGGCCACUUGGAGGGAUCGAUUUGUCUCAUAUCUCACUGCUGAAUGUGAGCCCUCAAAACCACCAGAAAUGGGGAUGGGUGCAGAAGAGUCUGAAGUGCUCUCCAUCCUGUGUGCUGUACAUCAGGGCUGGAGACAGGGACUACUUUCUCGUCGGGGAUACCAUUGAGGAAGUGGACGGGUGGUUCUCUGACCUGUUUGAAGCCCUGAAAAACCGACCAUACAAAUUUCUUGGUGCAGAGGAUUUGAGCGACGGACAAAUUGAGAACAUUUCAAAGCCCAUCGCACGGAGAAAGAGUGUCAGCUCACUGCCAGAUAAGGAAGUAGCUAAAAUGCGAUCCUUGUCUGAUCCGUCCUCAAAUUCUGUGGAUGGUGAGACAGAAAAAGCAAAGGAAGAAGAGCAUACCAAAAGACGAGCAUCUAUGCCAGUAGAACCGAUCUAUGACUAUCCAAUAAGAGUGAGACAACAAGAGGUUCGAGAAAAUGGUGCAAACAGGAAUACAGAUUCAGUAUAUGAAAGCAUGCUGGAAUUUAGGCUGGCUCAGGCGGCUGACAGUGAAGUUGCGGAGGUCACCAAAGGCACACUGAUGAGGUCCGUCACUCAGGUGUUUGACCGGCUGAAGACCCAAAUUUCACCACUCCCUAAGUUCGAUGAGGAAUCGCCCUCUAAAGACAGAGAGAAUCGUCUGAGUACAGACUUCAGCAGCAGCUCCAGUGAAACUGGCGCCAUGUCCCCUGUUGAGAUUAUGGAAAUAGGAAAUGCAAACAGAAUGGAAAAACAAAACUCUACUGAAAGCCUGGACACCAUCACCCCAGAGGAGAGAGAAUUUGAGAUCAUGCAGGCAGAUCUGAAAAAACACCUGACUCUUACAGAAGUGGAUGGGAAACCAUGUGUGUCAGGGUGGACCGGCCAGCCCCAGUCAGUGUGUCUGUUUCACAAAGGAGACCAAAUCCUGGCCAUUAAUGACCUGCACACCUGCAGCGUGGAUGAGUUCAACAUGUUUGUCAGCAAGUGCCUGAAGAAUGAGGUGAAAGUGACCAUCCUUCGUCUACGUGGAUGUCUGCCUCUGCAUGCGCCGGACACUCCCUGCAUUGACUGACUUACAAUGAGGUUUCGAGACUGAACAACCACUUCCAUUGUAUGUGAGGGAGUGUUUAAAGGACUCUUUAAGGUACUCUCUCUCUGAGGAUGGUGGGUUUGUACCGUGUAUUGACCACUUUAGACAACUGAGUGCUUAAAGAGAAGUUCCUUUAACCUGUCACUCUGCUAGUUUAUUCUAUAUAGAGUCUAGAAGAGUUUAAAGUGAAUGUAGAUAAAAUAAUUGAAGAAUGUGAAGGGUUUAAAUAAAUCUCACAUAUUGUAACAUCUCCAUUAUAUCUUGUGUAUGUAAGUAAGUCACCUUUACUUUUUGGCUAAUAAUGACAGUCAGUGUAAGUAGAGCGUAUUGUGGACUCAAAUCAUUGUGUGUUGUAUUUACUGUAGAUAAGAGUUUAUUGUACUGAUAAGUUGUGUCUGGAAGGAAACAAAAGGCAGAACCUACUGAGGCGUAUUUCCCCAUAUUUUCUGUGUGACAUAGAGAAACAGCACUCUCUGGGAAAAUAUCCUUUUCAUAUGAUGAAAGAAAGCCUGAGUGUGGCAUGUAAUGCAAAAAAGGGGCUGUAUGAAUAAUGUUACUAUAUUUAGAAUGACUCUGUGAAAGCUGUCUUAAAAAUAGCUGCAUUUUAACACUUGGCUGUCAUGAUAAUGAUGACUCUGAUACACUGUAUGUACAUAUUAAAAAUAUAGAUGAAGAAACUAAAUCAUGUUUUAGGUGUAACAGCAAAGAUUCUAGAUUCAGAGAUUCUAGUGAAAUUAUACAGGAGUUGGAUCUUUUCCUGCAGGAUCCCAAAUGUGACGUCUGUAAGAGCAAUAUUUUUUUUUAACAAGCAGCACAGUUAUGGUUGAGAAACAUAGAUAUAACAUUGAAUGUUACAUUAUGGAAAAUGAGAUUGAGUGUGUUUAGCAAUAAAUAUGAAAAGUCUAAUAUUGUAUUUAGUAGUAGUGCCAUUGUGUUAGUACUAUUUACCCAAGCAGGGGCAUGUCAAGGGGGAUGGUGGGGGUAGGCACAUGCCCCCCCCC